GGUCAGCUUUCAUUAUCACUAUAGCAACCAAGUAACAACGCCAUUUAUUACUAAUUCAAUUCCCAUAAAAUAUAAGGUAAAGUAAAUCUGAUAAUAAGUAGGUAAAAAUGCCUCCUAAUCCGAACGUGCAUUAUUGCGAGUUGAAACGCGACACAUUCGGGCUCCCUAAGUUGCCACCGAACGCGCCAUGGCACCAGAAAUUUGCGAGGAGCAUUAGAAAGUGUCUCACCUUAAAUCCGAACAGUACAACGUCAAAGAGGUUCUUUCGGAACCGUUCAACGAUGAUCGGCGAGCAAAAACGACAUCUAAAAGGUGCUACUUUUAUCAUCCAUCCUUUCAGUACCUUCAACAGGAUAAGACAAGUUAUAUUUGUCAUAUUAUGGACGCUGGAAAUGCUGUUAACUCCGGUAUAUAUAAGUUUUAUCCAUAUUAGUCAAUCACAUCAUGUCCAUAAUCAACAUAAUGAAGACGCGUUUCUUGCAUCAGUUACAGGUAAUUACUUCAUUUCAUCUAUUUAUCGACACAUUAUUUCGCCCCUGGAAGUUGUCGUUGUGCUUCUGUUUUUUAUUACGGGAUACAUCAACAUUAAGACCAAGGAAAUUGUUAUUGAUCCUAAGCAAAUAGUGAAAAGAUACUUAGCAACAUACUUUAUUACUGAUUUCUUAAUGAUAAUUAAGUUUGGUAUAUAUGUUCAACAUUCAGUAUACUUGUAUUUACUUAACUUGGCUUGCCUCUUUAGAGGAAUAACCUUGUUCGAAUAUUUAAAAGAUAUAAUUCUAUCCUUUAAAGUAAAAGAGGAAGUUUACGACUGUAUAAGAUUAUUUCUUAUCAGCAUGAUCUUAUUGAAUGGGUUGAAUUGCAUGUUCUAUUAUCUACCCUGGAUGUUGGGACAUUUAUCGUUUCCAAAACAUUCCUGGCCAUAUAGAAGUCAUAUUACUCCAAAUGAUAAAGACUUUACAGUAGGAAAAGCUUAUGUUGAUUCUAUGGUUGUUGUUAUGUCCUACUUCGUGGGAGCCGGAGAUCUAUCAGCAAAAACUUAUUUGAAUGACGUGCUACAAAAAGCCAUGCUUACUUUUAUCAUGAUUUGUGGAAGAUUAUGGACUUUGUAUGUGAUUGCAUCCAUUUUAAAACUAUUUAGCGUUGUAACCAUAUCAGAGAGCAAAUACGAGGAAUAUUUGUUGCAACUUGAAGUAUAUAUGACACAAAAGAGAAUACCCAAAGCUUUAAGGGCAAGACUUCUUGAAUACUACAGGAGCUAAUGCUGUUUGGUGCGAGAAAACUUAUUUCUAAAGUGGAGUUAUUUAAGGCACUACCAAGAAGUGUCGUUGGUGCAAUUAUUAGUUACACAAGACAGGCGGUUUAUUUACCCAAUGACUACAUUGUUAGGCGUGGAGAUUACGCA